CAUUUUAAACUUACAUGGUUGUGUACUUUGUAUCAGCUGAUCAAAAAGCUUUGUCCUGAACGCUGAAGCCGAAUAGCUGACCUGCAUUUAAGAUAACUGCAUUGACGCACAAAGGGCCUCUCCUGACUGGCUAUGGAGUGGUGUUGGCUUCAGACUGGAUGACAGGGUUUGAAGGGAGGACCGGGUCGCACGGAUUCUGAAGCAGCAGUGCACUUUUCCUGGAUGUGCCCUGAUUGGAAGUGACAGCCCGACUACAGCAAACCUCCAUCCCUCCUCCUCUCUCUUUGGACUCACUUUCCCUCCUCCCCCCUCUCUCCCCUGUUUCUUCCCCAUCCUCUCCCUCCUAUUCUAGCUUUUCCUUUUCUUACCUUCUCUUGCCUUCUUAUUCUCUGACUUUAUUUUUUACUGGACCUCUCUCUGAGCUCUUGUUACCUGCCUGCCUCUCACCGGGUCCAGUAUGAGCUGGCUGAGCAGGUUAAACCCCCGGGGACCUGGGAGUCGGUCCGGCCUGAGCGCCGCCCCCUCCAGCCCCUGCACUGCUGACCCGGAGACCUGCCUCAUGGUGUUUGAGAACCACUGGAGACAGGUGUCUUGGGUGUUGGAGCAGCCCGAGCCUUCAUCCUCCAGCGACGACCUUACGGCGGUGAGGAAUCACACGGACCAGAUGUUGUGUCUGCUGGCCGAGGAACGGCCCGCUGAAAGCUCAGACAGCAGCGCCAGCGUGUCACUCAUGGGCCCCAUCCUGGAGCUGGUGGUCACCGAGAACAUUCUUGAGUGCCUGGUUCAGUGGCACCUCCGCCGCGGCCUGGACCCAGACAGCCAGGGGGCGCUGCUCAAGCUGUUUGAGAUGCUCAUCGGCCAGUCCCAGCAGCCUUUGCUACAGCACACGGCGGUCCUCCACCCCCUGCUGAGGCUGCUGGGAGCUUGUGCUGAUCCAGAACUUGGUUGUCCCUCAGGCCUGGAGAACAGCCUGGUGCUGCUGCUCAAUCAGGUCUGCGUGUCCAUGGCCCGGCAGCCUGUGGUUCUGGAGAUGUUGUUCCGUGCGGCACCGGCUCAGCAGGGCUCCACCAACCUGCUGAUUUUCUCCCUCCUCGUGCCGUUCAUCCACCGGGACGGAGCCAUCGGACAGCAAGCCCGAGAUGCACUUCUGCUGGUCAUGGCCACGUCAGCUAGCAACGAGGCCGUGGCCCGUUACAUCGCUGAGAACUCCUACUUCUGCCCGGUGCUGGCAACGGGCCUCAGCGCCCUCUACUCCUCUCUGCCGAGGAAGAUUGAGGUUCGGGGAGACGACUGGCACGCCCUGCGGCGGGAGGACUGGAUGGGUGUGUCGUCACUCGUGUUGUUUAUGAACUCCCUGGAGUUCUGCAACGCUGUGGUGCAGGUGGCUCAUCCCCUAGUGCGCUCGCAGCUACUGGACUACCUCCACAACGGCUUCCUUGUCCCGGUCAUGGGCCCGGCACUGCACAAGUCCUCAGUGGACGAAAUGAUCGCCAGCACCGCCUAUCUGGAUCUCUUCCUGCGCAGCGUGUCAGACACUUCCCUCCUCAAAACCUUCCUGCGCUUCAUCCUGCUGCAUCGCCACGACAACGACACCAUCCUGGACACACUGCUGACACGCAUCAGCAGCAACUCAAGGCUCUGUAUGGUAUCACUGAGCCUCUUCAGGACUCUUCUCUCCCUGAACUGUGAAGACAUCAUGCUUCAGCUCGUUCUCAGGUAUCUACUGCCCUGCACCCAUGUAAUGCUGAGUCAGCGUCGAGCUAUCAGGGAGUCUGACAUAUACGGAAAGUCAGCAGAUAAGUUCCUGUCGCUGAUCCCAGAGUGCUGCCGGUUCAAUGCAGCACCCUCUGCGGAGCGGGAUGAGGAUAAUCCAUUCUGGGGUAAAGUACUGAACAGUCCCAGCACAGAGGCUCCAGCCCCACCCAGACCCAGCACCCCGUCCCGCUUGUCCUUCUUCAUCCGCCAACAGAGCAUUGGAAGUGGAAUAGGAGGAGGGGGUUCCUCUAGCCCCACUAGCAUGGAGGCGCUGCAGUCAGGGCCUUCAGGCUCCCGCCCUCUCUCCCCUGACAGUCCAAUGCACCAUCAGCCUCCUCAUAUAGAGGGUCUGGACUGGGAUUCAGGCUACUUGGAGUACCUCAGAGACGCCCGGCGGGGCAUCGAGCUUUGCUCCUGGGCAUGUCGUAAUUGGUCGGCACCUUAUGAUGGAGAAAACCCCUCCCCAAACACAGUCCCUACACCCCCACCACCCCCUACCUCCAACCCUUCCAUGGCUGUGUUCCCUGAGCAUUUCUCCUUCCAGCAGGGAGGGAGCAGUAACACCCCUCCAGGCCAGCAGAGGGCAGCCAUCGUUGCUGCGGCGCGAUCUGAGUGGAGUAGCUCGGAGCGGGACAGCGGAGAGUGGGACGUCACGAUCUGCAAAAACAACUGCAUCAGCCUCACACCUCGCUCUAAGAAACGCAGCCUGCAGAGAGAGGAGCUGCUGCCAAAGCCUGUACCUCACCUCGUCCCCUCCACGUCUUCAGGUGCAUCUUUAUCGACCUCCCAUCCCUCCUCGUCCCCAGCUACUCACAUUCCGACGUCUGCCAUUACUGUUAGUUACCAGGCCAUGUAUAACGGGACAAUUGGGUCGGUUGACGGCUGCUCAGACAAUCAGGACAGAGGUCUGGAGGUAAAGAAAGUGAAAAGAGAUUUAGGGGAGCAGCAGUAUUUGGAUGAAAAUGCAAAUCAAAAUGGAUCCCUCGUCACCUGUCCCUCCCAAAGCUGCACGGCUCUCACUCAGUCCAUGUUUAGCAACAAUGACAUCAGUGAUGCUAAAUCUCUUUGCUCUAACCAGAUCGCCUCUCAGAUCUCCGUCACUCAGCAACCGUCUGACACCAAACUGCCGACCAGCGACACCUCAAACCCACACAGUGCAUCCUCAGAUCUUCCAGAAGCCAACCAGACACAACAGUCUGUAGAGAGUUUAAUCAAGGAGCUGCUGGAGCAGGCACCAGGGGGGCCACACCUGCCAGGAGACUCCAACGGUCAGGGCAUCAGCAUCGAGGCCUUCACACAGGAGCUGAGCGAGCUGGAGGACCGCGUGAAGGAGCGCAGCAGAGGGGUCCGCCAGAAGGAGGAAACUGCCAGAGAGUCGCUGUCUGCUGAGCGGCAGGAAGAGGAGCAGCAGCUGUCCACAGCGCUGGAGGUGAAGCUCACAGGAGACGUAAAGGGAGAAGUUUCUAUGGUGGGCCUGUGUAGUCCUGCAAGACCUCUGAAUCAGCCUGCACCUCAGCCGUACACAGGUCCUUUCAUGGUGGUUCUGUUUGCCAAGCUGGAGAAUAUGCUCCAAAACUCUCUGUACGUCAACAUCCUGCUGACGGGCAUCGUGGCUCAGCUGGCCUGCUAUCCUCAGCCGCUCCUCCGAUCCUUCCUGCUCAACACCAACAUGGUCUUCCAGCCCAGUGUCAAGUCACUGAUCCAGGUUCUAGGUUCUGUGAAGAACCGUAUCGAGGCAUUUGCAGCCUCCCACGAGGACUUCCCCGCCAUGCUGAAGAAAGCCCAGCAGUACCUGGUGGCCAGAGGCAAAGUGGACUGGUCCGACACGCUUGCAGGAGUUCCGACCCUGCGGCGCUCUGAUUCACUCGUGAAAAGUCGUAAGCCAUCCCUCGGAGACCUGAUACUCCGUCACACAAACAGCCCGACCCGGGCUAGACACGCAGCUCAGCUGGCCCUCGCACACGUCCGAGACGGCGGCCAGUCACUGCACAGCGCUCUGUUCCGGGGCGGUGGAGGCGGCGGGACGUCACUGGAGAAGCAGGCCGAGGCUCUGCGGGUGAAGAACGCCGUCUACUGUGCCGUCAUCUUCUGUGAGUUCCUGAAGGAGCUCGCCGCCCUGGCUCAAGAGCACGCCGUCAGUCUGCCUUUCCCUCAGAGCCAGGAGGCGGAGGAAUAGACGGUAAACUCCUUACAUAGAGCUCUCAGCAGACUUUAUUUUCAAACGAGUCCUACAGGAGUGUCUCAUCACUAGAGACUGAAAGACUGGAGCACUCUGUCACUGUAACGACAAACAGCAAGAGGAAAACAUUUUUCUACCAAAAUCAUUAUAGGAUACCUAUAAGACUGGACGCAUUUUCCUCCCCUGUAAACGUACACGAUACUGUGCAUAUCAUGUAUUAUAUUUCCAUUCUAUACACAGAAAAUCUCAGUUAAUGUUUGAGAUGUUGGAGCUUGUAUAUACACAUACCAUGCCAUGGUAUUCUGUGACGCAGUGAAGCCACAGGUAAUAGAAAUAGGUGCACAUACUGGUGCUAGUUGACACUCUCAUCUUUUCAUUUGAAAGGCAGCACAGAGGAAAAGAAGGUUCUGUCUUCAAAGAAAAUGAUGACACCAAAAAACAAAAAAUGUUUAGCAGGAAAACAUUGAAAGCUUCAUCAUAGCUUUCAUCACGGAGCUUUUUCUCCUCGGACCAGCCAAAAUAAGUGCUCACAGAAAAACCAUAAAAUGUAACCUCUAAAAGGCUGCACUGCUGCAAAAAAAAAAAAAAAAAAAAAGGAAAACUGGAAACAAAAGUGAGUCAGUGCCACUUUCUUUUUUCUGAAAAUUAGCAAGGCCAACACAAAAUACUGGAAAUCUUCAGAUCAUUGAUGCCAUUAACCCUUUAAUGUGUUUUUCUUUUGCAUUUGCACCAUUUUCGAGACAUAUCAGCAACAUGUGGGAGCCGGUGUGUGUGUGUGUGUGUGUUUGUUUGUGUUUGAGAUUAUUUGAGUGAAUGACAUCGAGGUGAUGUUAACUUUCCGGGCCAUCAGGAAUCCACCUGUAGCUUCAAAAGAGGCAGCAGGGUUUGAAAAGGCAGCAAUGCUUUUACAUUUCAUACCUUCCGUGUGUCAUUCAGUCUUUUCUUUAAAGACCCCAGAGUGUGCUCGGGAAAAAAAGCAAGAAGGGAAGCGUAGGAACAAUUUCCAUUUUCUGAACUGACAGUUUUUUUAAAGACCUCAUGAGGCAUUCACUGACUUCUUUAAAAGGUGUUUUUGUUUGUGAGCUAACAGUAAAGCUCUUAAGAGCGAACUCCAUUUCAACUUUUGACGUUUUUAUUUGUGUUCGCUGCAGGAUGUCUCUUCUGAGUGAGACGAGCCAAACUGAACACACAACAGUUCAUCUUGGAACUAAACAAGCUGCUAUUUUUAACACUAACUCCCCCUUUUUUUUUUUUUUCAAUAUAAAUUUCAAGUUCUGUAACUGCUACCAACUCUUCAUUUCAUCGUUAGGUACCAAGUGUAAAUGUGUAUGUGAGGAGGGGAGGUCAGUGCCAGUGUUGUGUGAUCAAUAAUUAAUUUAUUUUCUUGUGUCUGAGGUUGAGUGAAGUCGCAGCCACACAGUGUUAAAAGCUUUUAGCCAAGCGAGGAUUCUCCUUAGACCUUGAAAGAGUUUGAAUUGAUGCUUGUUAGUUUUCUUUCCUUUGAUAAGACGGUUAUUCCUAAAUUUACCUGCAGUCAUUUCUUUAUCUUUUUCUUACAUUGUUUCUUUAACUCCUCCAGGGAAAUGAUGAGAUGAACUUGGUAACAAUCUUUCAGAAUUUAGGAAACUGUAAAAUAAAUAAUUAACUGUAAGACUGUAAUGUAAAAGCCACCUCGGUUUUCUGCACAUACUCGCCAUUCUCUCCCUCGACUUUUGGCAGGAGAUGAACUGUUAAAAGCGACUACCAUCCUGCAAAGUCUUAAUCUUUGAAAGAUUCAUCUUUUUUGGACAUUUUUCUUAAAAAGUUGAGGCUGCCUCAGCCAGUCAAAGCCAUAGGCGCAGUCAUUGUGUUUGUAAAUGUAGAACUUCAUUACAUCUGUAAAUCCCUUUUCUAUUGAAUUUAUAGACACAGUAUGUGACACCCAAAUAGUUUUUUAAAGCUAUGUAAGAGUCUCUGCAUGCACAUUAAGGACAGGUUUAUAAGAAAUGAAUAAUAAAUAUUGUAGAAUAAGCUUUCUUGGGUUUUAGGGUGACCUUGAAAUCCCUCCCAUGCAGUAGGUUUUUAGUGAGUUAUCCCUACGCCUGCAGACACGCUCCAUGCUGAAUGUUUUCUCCAAGCGAAUCAAAUUGGUGGAGAAAUGUGUCAGAGUUUUUACCGACUGCCGUCAGUCCGUCCAUCUCUUCGCCUCAGCCUGCUGUACAUCAGUGUGUUACAAGAUGAAUGUCUCCUGUGCACAGAGAAAGAAAGGCCAAGAGAGGGUUUUCACUCCACUGCAGGUUCUUCAACGUUUACACUCAAGAUUGUGGUUUUUUUCUUUUUAAAUACGCUAUUUUUAUAAACCGUUGUGGUUGAGAUUUUUCAGCAUGAUGGUUAAUGUUCAGCCUCUAAGUUCUGUAAGUUUGUAAGUUAGAGUAUCAAAGCGGUUUCAGCCAGUUAUGUUGUUUUUUUGAAUUCUUCAACACCAAAGACAAUCUCUCUCUCUCUCGAUGAUGAUACCUGAAACAUCGAUUGUCUCUGUUUAAGACACAGUCACAGUCUGAACGCUGUCUGACUGUAUUCAUGAGGCACUUUCACACACUGAAGUGCUUUCAAAUAACACCCCCCCCCCCCCAAAAAAAAAUAAUGUGCCAAUGCCGAAUGUUACACAAAUGCUGUAAGAGUCACAUGGCCAAAUAUAAGAAAAAAGAAGUUUCUAAAACAAUCUCCGGAUUAAUCACGAUGCAUUUGUAAGCCAGAGCAAUCCUUUAAACGAUGUCAUUGGACAGAGCAGAGUGUGUUACUCAGAUUUAGCACCAAGUUAAAAAAAAAAAAAAAUUGUUGUCAUUUGUCUGAGACUGAAAAUGUUUCUGAUGUGAGCCCGUUUACACCUGCCUACACAUCCCGCAGUCAUUGUUCACUGCUUUCUUUGUCAUUUGUAUUUUUACACAUUUCAUUUCUUAGAAUAAAGAGACAUUGAUAAGGUAAACUUAGGGAUAGGGGUGUCUUUCCAACCAAGUAACGUCCGUGAGUUAUCAGAUAUUUAGCAGAGCUUCUUUUAUUUGUUAUUUUAAAACACACAGAGAAAUAAAGCAGGGAGUUUUGACAGCUUUUAUCUAGCCUGCCUGCUUCUUACUGAGCUGUUUGAAGUUGUUUUCAUACUUCAUAACACAAAUAAAAGGCAGCAAACGUCUUCCUCUGCUGGUAGACGAGUCAGCCCUCCAACUGUUAUUACAUCAGUAGAGCUUGUGAGAUUGUGGAUCACUGAACACUGAUGUCAAUUCUUCACAUUCACAUCAGUGUUUUGUUACAGCAACUAACAUGACUCAGACUUAUCUUUACUGCUGUUUCUUCUAGAGCCCAACCGAUUAAUCGGCCAGCCGAUAAUAUCAGCCGAUAUCAGCAUAUCAAGUGACUAUCGGUAUCGGCUUAUUUUAUCGCACAUGUGCACCGAGAUUACUAGAUUUAUUCACCGGUCAAAAAGCAUUUCAUUUGAGUUUCAUUGUAUUACACUAGCAGUUCUCCUUCGCCAGCAGAGGGCGCUGUAUGGAUUACAACAAGCAUCAUCACGCUCCAGAGUGUCAAGUAGAGAUGCACGUACAGUACGUGCGCAGUUAGUUACCAUCCUGUCUACGUUAUACUGUAUAUCUUUUUCAUAAGUGUUGGAUGACUGCAUUUUAAGGAAUAAACGUGUAUAUCUAUAUCUAUGUAUCUCUAAAGAUCGAACAUAGAUCAAAGAAAGAUAUUGGCCGAUUUAUCGCUGUGAUUUAUCGACAUCAACCCAAAAAAUCUCAAAUCGGUCAGGCCCUAGUUUCUUCAUCAGUGGAAAUCUGAAAAACGGUCAUCCAAAACCUUUUUACUGCAAAGAAACAAACGAAACCAAAACAAUUUUGUCUUUCAAAAACAAAAUCGUUAAAUGUAUAUCUAUGAAGAGUUAACACCUCAAAAUGUCAGCCGAGGCUGUCUCUGCUUCCUUGUGUCACCUCAGCUCAACUCAGAACUUGACAAAAUCUUGAUUUAACUGACAAAGAUGUUUUGUAUACCCAAAGCUUAAAAAAAAGUUUCUAUUCCUUAUGUCACAGAUUUCUUUUUUCUUUUUUUUUUUUUCAACGUUCUUGAACACUACAGCUCUUGUGUCAAAUUGUAAAACAGAUUCUUUGACGUCUUUUGAAUCUCACUGUUGUUUAUGUCGGUCUAAAUCCAGAGCAUGUUAUCUUUUCAGUUUCUGUGUUUGUGCUUGUUAGUGUUGAACAGAAAGAAAGUGCAAACAGCAUGCCAAAGUGUUCACCUGUCACUUCAUUUCAAUCGGGAUGAUUUGGGUUUCGAUUGGCUCCUCCACUGCCAGCCAGCGUAAAUGUUGGUCAAAUAAAUAGAUCUCUUACAUCAGAACACGAUGUGUGCCAAACGAGGCUUCCACUUUAUUUUUUUCCCUCACGUUUUAGUUGCCAUUUCUAUUAUUCUAAUCAGUUCACGCUAUGUAGUUUUUAAGAAUGCUUUCAGCUGUUUUGCAGGGAGUUUGUUUUCACGUGUGAAUCUGUAACACGUGUCGUAGUGCCAUGGGUGAAAUUGAUUUACAACAUGUGUUGAUUUCUAUUUCUUUGUCACAGGAUGUAAAAAAAAAAAAAAAAAAAAGAUUUCACUUUUUAAGCUUUGACUUCUCUCCCUCCCUGACUGAUUUCUCCCCUGUGAUCUAUGCAAAUCAUGCUCUGGUUUCGCCCCCCCUCCCCCCCCACCCCCCUGUUAGAGGCUGAAAAGUGAUGUUGACUGCAUUCACGUGUAAAUACUGUAAAAAGCGGCGGGUUGAAGACAAAUGCAGAGGUGUGUGAUAUAACCAACGAGAGACCGAAUGAAAAAUCAUGCUAGAAGUUAUGGAAUGAUGAAUGUCGUCAGAAAUAUUUUUCUAUAUUUUGAAAUCAUUAGAAAAAUGGGCAGAAAUACAAAGUGGGAAAAGCUGUCAGAAGAACACUACAAAGGGAAUGUUUUUAUUAAUUUAUAAAUUCUUUGCCUAGCAAUA